AUGGAAGAGAUGAAUAGUGGAAACCCGAUUGAAUCGGUGGUCGUUUCAAUAAAGAAGGAUCCAGAAAAAGUUAUAGACAAAACUGAAAAGAAUUUAGAAGUUGGUUCUGAAAAAGAUGAAAAAGUUUCAGAAGCUGUUUCAGAAAGAGCUCCAAUUUUUGAUCAUUCAUAUUCAUCUGAAGAAGAGUUUAAUGAUGAUAGCAAAGAAUUUGAAAAACUUGAGUUUUAUAAACAGUUAUAUUCGUCUGAAAUGGUUAAUGAAUCUUUUGCAGAACAAAUUGACAAGCUCCAGAAUAAACUUGCUGCGAAUAAGAAGAAUCAAAAGAAUGGUGAAGAUAAAGAACAAAGUACAUCAACAAAUGAAAUUUCAAGUUCUGAACCAGUGUACUCAGAAGUCAAAGAAGAAAAAGUUAUGAUGACUGAAGAAGUUGAAGAAGUAAUUUCCGAGAAAGAAGAAUCCAAGAAGAAUGGAUCUUCAAGUUCUGAAAUUGGACACAUUGCUGUUAACUGCCAAACUCAAAGUUUUGAUUCAAGAAAAUGCUAUAAUUGUGAAAUCAAAGGUCACAUUGCCAUAGAUUGCCCAAUGAGAUCAAAGGAAAGAUCGAGGGCUAAAUCUCAGAAAAUGGUGAAGAACUCAGUUGAAAUCAAAGAAAAGCCCAAAGAAAAGAAACAAAAGAAACAAAAAGUGAAACUUUCACAAGGGCAUAAAGACAAAUUGAGAAAGAAAAGAAAGAAAGGAGAGAAGCUUAGAGAGAGAAAGUCUAGAGAGAGAAAGUUCUCCACGUGA